CAUUAACGUUAUUCCUGACUGGCUGUAAGCAUGUUUUCUAAUCUUGUCAAUGUGUUAACAUUAGGACAAAAUACACCUGUGAAAUCAUGUUAGUAAAAGGUGGUUAAUGUGCACUGACGGCAAGAAUUUAUGUUUCUACAUAAUCAUAAUGGCAGGCCUAGGUAACGUUGGGUGCCUGAAUUUACCGUUUCUUUAAAAGUUUGUAUUUUUUUCACACCCGUAGACCCGCCCCUACUCUGCCGCUGACUGGCUCCGACCGACCGUGACAUUUUUCAAGGCCUGUCACUCCACUUGCGCCAACCUAACCAACGAAUGCAACGAACACUAGCCAAUCAGAGGCAGGUCUUCGCGGAAUGCGGGUUAUUCUCAUAUCUGAUUGUCUUGGUGUGAUGUGGACCAAAACCUAAUUCUUUGGGGAGCUCAUAUUGUUUUGAUUGAAAAAUGGCACAGCAUCUGAAGUUGAGAGUCAUUGUGGGCGACGAUGACUAUAGAAGACUUGAUCUCCAUUCAGGAAUGCCAGAAACUUUGGCAGAGUUCCACAAUACAAUUUGCCAAGCAUUUGGAAUUGAAACAGACUUUCGUAUUCAAUUCAUGGAUCCUGACUUCAACAAUGAUUUCAUGAAUGUUACAUCAGUACACGACAUAAAGGACAGAAGUACAAUCAAGUUGGUGUACAUGGCAACCCUAACUCUAACCCCCCUAAAUGAUGUGGGUUUGAGUCCAUCUUCUGUAAUGCAGAAUGCUCCCAGGACUUCUGGAUCAUCUGGAGCACCAGUGAGCAACCAAACAUCUCCCAUUUCCUCACAGGCCUCAUUGCCCACAACAGACUCGGAUGACACCAUCAUUCUGCCACAUUCAGACAAUGAAUUGAGAUCACGUGCAUGGCCACGUGAAUUCCCCAUUCCUCACUUUCCAUACAAUGUAGAGGUGCAGCUUCAACGUGGAAAUGACAGCUUCAGAGAAACUGGCACUCAACUGAAGAUUACUCCAGGGUUGAAGUCUGACAUCUUAGAGAAGCUAGCCGAGGAGAUCUUCCAGUAUACAGCGUACCCACAAAAUUACCAAAUAGAUGAUGUAGCGGAGGCACUCAUCAAAAAAUUUCCCUGUUUGAAGGAACCAUCUGCCACUGGUUACUAUGGCUGGAUGAUCAGCCUAAAAUAUAAAAUGGCUAAUUACAGAACAAAGAUGCAAACUAUUGGCUUUCCAGAAGUGACUGUAAAUGCUUUGAAAAACAAACGUAGUGAUGACUGCCUCCCAGCCAAAAAUGUAAAGAAGCCUAAAAAGGCUGAAGUCAACUUUUGUCCUUCACACCCUGCUGGCGAAACGGAUGAAAGCUUAGAAAAUGUCAGACUUGAAAUGUUGAAUGAUGUCAGACAAAGAAACAGUGCAUCAUGUGUAAAAAAGAAGAUGUCAAAAACAUUCUCCUACAGAAGAAAAGAGGUAGUGCAGGAAAAUCCAGCUGCCGGAGAGUUUAAAGCCAGGUGGCCUGCACUUUUUCACAUUGAUGAGAUAAAUGCUGAAUUCCAGCGCAUAACAACCGUCCCACUUGAAACAACCUUCAUGGCUCAGUUGGACAGCCAUUUACCCCAGCUGACAUCUCUUUUCAACAAAAAGGGAGGUGUUUCUGGCCAAAAACUAGCCAAACAUCUGGCGAUCUUGCAAGAGGCUACAAGUGACAUCAAUCUUAAAAGGGCAGCAGUCCUCAAGGCACUUUGCAUCUACCUUGGUGAGGAUGAUGGACAUCUCAUUCGGGAGUAUAAGGACAUCGAAGGAGAUGACAUCCAGAGAGACCUGCAGAAUUCCACCAUGGGCGUAUAUGUCAUCAACAAGGAGGGUGGAGAAAUUGGAGCACAUGAUGACAUUAGCAUCUAUGUUGAAGGAGAAAUCAUUCUGGACAACAUUGGAUCUGUAGCCCAAGCAUGUGCAAUGAUGCUGGGAGUCAUCUAUGUAUUGAACAUGGCUUACCCCAAAGAGCUGAAAUACUCCUAUGAAUUCAUUCAAAAAGUGCUCUUGAAAAUGGAUGGAGAAAGGCUUUCCCCCAAAGUCCGUGGACUAAAGAACAAAAUCAUUGCUGGACUGUAGGAUUUCUUCAGCCGCUCUUGUGAACGCCGCUAAGCUGCAUUUUUAAAUCUGGUUUGGGAGGCGAUAGAAAACAUUUAGUAUGAUGUAAAAUGCAGCCCUAGAAGAUGUUUCAAACUGAAAACAAAGUGAGUGGUGGACUGUAAUACAUAGCCACUGGUGUGAACAUUUAAAGUUGUCAUUGGAUUUUGUAGAAUAUUCACCUGAAAUAACAAUUGCAAUCCUGGAAAUAAGCCAGGUUUCUAUCCACACUCAGCACAAAAUGUAUCCAUCCAUCCAUUAACGCCAUAUGAAUAUUAGAAGUUAAGCGCUUUGAGAUAAACAGUUGGUGACGUCUGCGCCAUUAAGGCAUUGCAUAAGAAGAGGACACAAUGAGAUGACGUCAUUAAAAGAGAUUCAGUCAAAGUUCAAACGAUGGAGAACCAUGUGGAAAACAUGGAAUUAUGACAUUUCUUGUUAGUUUCAUGUAAGAAUGUUACAGCCUCCUCAUUGCUCCACACAGAUGUGAUGUUUUCAUUUGCCACUAUUUUUAUUAUUCUCAGAGGAGCUUAAGCUUCAGUGGACAUUUAAGUCACGUUUCAUUUUAUUCAGUAAGUCUGUUUCCAUAUUGAUACACCAACUUUUUCACCUCAGCCAAGCAUAAAAUCUAUUUUGUUAUGUUACAUUUUUUUCCUAUUACAGUAUUUUUUGAAUGUAACUGUUUGCAGUUUUUUGUAAUUUCAGCAUCAGGUCCUCAGUGGGCACUGUGUUGCAGCUGUGGACAGUUCUUGUACUAUAGUAUUUUUUGUUCUGUAUAGUACUGGUGUAUUUUGUUAUUUGUAUAUGUUGUGCUCUUGCAAAUGGAUGGUAAAAGGCUUUCCUCCAAAGUUCUCCUGUGUACAUAUACAGUGCCUUGCGAAAGUAUUCGGCCCCCUUGAACUUUGCGACCUUUUGCCGCAUUUCAGGCUUCAAACAAAGAUAUGAAACUGUAAUUUUUGUGAAGAAUCAACAACA